GUGUGCCGGCACAAUAAGGGAAUGAGAGAGCUAGUCUGCUUGUUUGUGCAGCAGAUAUCGUCUUCAUCGUCAAGCUCAGUCCACGAAGGCUCUCUUAACAGAAGGCAUCGUAUUCAUUGCCAAGCUCAGUCCACAACAUCGUCUUCAUCACAGAAACUUUAUCGUCUGGAAGAUCAAAAACCGAUUGUGGCUAGUUAUUCCUCAAUAGAAGGCAUCGUCUUCAUUGCCAAGCUCAAUCCACCGAAGGCUCUCUCAACAGAAGGCAUCGUCAUCAUCGCCAAGCGUAGUCCACAACAUCGUCUUCACAAUUGA